AUGAAGAGGAACAGCCUUCCGCAGGAGUCAGGUUUGUCUGCCUCGCUGUUGACAUUUAGCACCAGAGAAGCGGAGAAAGUUAUUGAAAGUAUCAUGCCGCAUAAAUGGGAGAAUGACAGGAAAAAGGGCAGCACCACCAGCUCUCUGAAGAUGGAUCGAAAGAACAGUGCUGGGAACAGGAAGUCAAGAAAGUUUCGCUCCAUUUCAAGAUCACUUAUACUUUGCAAUGCCAAAACCAGUGAUGAUGGGUCAAGUCCUGAUGAGAAAUGCCCUGAUCCUUUUGAGAUCUCUACCAGCUGGGGUCAAGAGGAUUUUGACUGCUGUCCUAGAACACCACUGCCAUGUACAUCAGAGACAGAAGAUAGCCCACCUGAUCCACCGCGUGUGAUCACCAGCAUGGUCCAGUCCAAAGCUGCAAAAAACGAGAACUGCAGCAACGUGAGAAGAAAGUUACUCACCAAGGACAGCUGCAUCUGCAGGCUGUGCACAACCACAGGGAACAGCAGCUCAGGAAUCAGGCUCUCUAGGAGUCCAAAAUGUGCAUCUCUCUGGAGAGGGUUCACUGGCAGUCACUCACCUGCUGGAGGCCUCGCAGCAAACAGGGAAAGUCAUCUGAGCCCAAGGGAUGGACUGUUAGCACUAAAUGGACAAUCACUUAAAGAUCUGUCCAGCAAGGAGGCUGAAGUUCUCAUUCACGCAACAACACCGCUGAUGAAUGAAACACCAACAUGUAAGGAAAGGCCUUUGGAAAUACAAAAUGGUUUUUUGCAUAGUAAAGCUGCAUGUCAACGGACUCGCAGUAACUCAACCAGUAUAAAUCCAUACUGGGUAGGGGAGGUGAACUGCUCGAUGCCCCGGAAAGCUGCGGCCUUCAGAGACCGGCAGCCCCACGCUCUCCACACCGGCUGCAAAUCUCUUUCCCAACAGCUGGACUGCUCAGGAGGAAGAACCCCAGCAAUUUCAAGGCCAUCUAGAUCAUUAAGUACAGCACAGCUAGCACACAUAUCCUGUGGCUCACAGGCUUCAGUAAUCUCAAAUAUUGUAUUGAUGAAAGGACAAGGAAAGGGCUUGGGCUUCAGUAUUGUUGGUGGGAAAGACAGCAUUUAUGGACCAAUAGGCAUCUAUGUCAAAACCAUCUUUCCUGGUGGGGCUGCUGCUGCUGAUGGAAGGCUACAAGAAGGUGACGAAAUCCUGGAACUGAAUGGAGAAUCCAUGCAUGGAUUAACACAUUAUGACGCUUUACAAAAAUUCAAGGCCAAAAAGGGUCUUCUGACACUUACAGUCAGGACAAGCUUCAGCACACCUCAUUCUGCUUCCAGCUGUCUGUCACCCCACUUGUGUCAGUCACUGAGCUCUAGUACAUGCAUAACCAAAGAAAACAGCUCUUUCAGUUCAGACAGUGCAGCAUUCUCACUAAAUGCUACAAAGCCCAACGACAGGGUCAUAAUGGAAGUUACCCUAAACAAAGAGCCAGGUGUUGGCCUUGGAAUCGGGUUAUGUAGCAUCCCUUACUUCCAGUGUAUUUCUGGGAUUUUCAUUCACACUCUCUCCCCAGGCUCAGUGGCACAUAUGGAUGGGAGACUCAGGUGUGGAGAUGAAAUCAUUGAAAUUAAUGAAGUUUCAGUACAAAAUACAACUCUUAAUGAAGUUUAUGCUGUGCUAAGCCAUUGCAAUCCCGGUGCAGUGCAGAUUAUUAUUAGCCGACACCCUGAACCACAGGUGUCUGAGCAACAGCUAAGAGAAGCUGUUGCACAAGCUGUGGAAAACAACAGAUUUGGAAAGGAGAGACACCAAUGGAGUACUGAAG